AUUUCAAAGCCGUUCUAUAAAAGCUCCCUCUGUUUCUCUCCUACGUACAAAGCCAAACAAAGAAGCCUUUGAAACGAAAACCAGCUUUGGCAACAUGAAGGUCAAGAUAGAGAGCUCGAGGAUCAUCAAGCCUUGUUAUGAUGGUCCUCCUCCAUCAACCACCCUGUGCAUUCCUCUUACCCCUUUCGAUAAUGCAAACUAUGAUGGCCAAAUGGCAGUUAUCUACGCCUAUCGUCCCCCGACACCACCGAACCUUGCCAUAAAACUAGGGUUGCAAAAGGUUUUAUCGGUGUAUAGAGAGUGGGCAGGGAGGUUGGGUAAGAAUGAGGAAGGCGACACGGUCAUUAUUUUGAAUGACAAUGGGGUUCGGUUCGUCGAGGCAUCUGUCAAUGAUCCCAUCGAUGAAUCGAUGCCCUCUUCGCCAUCGCCCGUUUUAUUGACUCUUCAUCCGAGCCUGACGGAUGUAGAGGAGUUGGUCCAAGUUCAACUUACCAGGUUCAGUUGUGGCUCACUCGUGGUCGGGUUCACCGCUCACCACCUUGUAGCCGACGGUCAUGCCACCAGCAACUUCUUGGUUGCAUGGGGAAAGGCUUGCCGAGGAUUCGAGAUGGGCCCACUUCCGACGCAUGACCGAACCAUUUUCGUUCCUCGAGAUCCACCAAAGUUCGAGUUCCAGCACAGAGGGGUGGAGUAUACAAGCAAAAAGCCAAUCAAGAUCGAUGAUGGUUUUGAUGACAGUAUUCUCGCCGAAGAAGUUGUGAUUCACAAAGUCCAUUUUACGACGGAUUUUCUUGCCAAGCUCAAAUCUAGGGCUUCUUUGUCCCGUACUGAGGAUAUGAGAAGUCCCCUAGAUUUUAAAUCCGAUCAGAUUAUUGUAUCAUCUCCAACCGGUAUUUCCAAUGGCCUAACGCAGCCCAACAAAAUGUUUAGCACAUUUGAGUGCUUGGUUGCUCAUCUAUGGAGAUGCAUAACUCGGGCUCGUGCAUUGAAUGGAUUCGAGACAACUCAGGUGAGAAUCUCCGUAAAUGGUCGAAUGAGGCUGAACCCUAGAGUUCCAAACAAUUAUUUUGGCAACUUGGUCCUUUGGGCUUUUCCGAAGGCUAAGGUCGAGGAUCUCUUGAACGAGCCAAUAUCAUAUGCGACAAAGGUCAUCCACGAGGCCGUUUUGAAGGUCGAUGAUCAUUACUUCAAGUCAUUCAUCGAUUUCGCAAGCCACAAGUUGAAGGCGGAAGAUCUCUAUCCCACGGAGAAUAUAAACCCGUCCCCGGCCAAUUUGGAGGUGGAUAGUUGGUUGCGAUUUCCGUUCUACGACCUAGAUUUCGGAUGUGGGAGCCCUUACAUGUUCAUGCCCUCCUACUUCCCAAUAGAGGGGAUCAUGCUUCUUUCACCUUCUUUUAAAGGCGAUGGAAGCAUAGAUGCAUUCAUACCACUUCACAAGGAUCACCUGGAGAGGUUUAAGGGGAACUGCUAUACCCUUUAAAACCUGGGGUUUGGUAGACUACCAAACGCAUACUUGCCCGCAGUCGCUAUUUGUAGUUGUUUUAGUCUUAUUAUUAUGCACUUCAGAUUUAUGUAAUAACUAUAAACAAUAAAGGAUAGAAUAAUCGAGGAAAGUUGGCAUCCACUAUCCUACUUCAGAGAAAACUAGUCGGGCAAUGAAUAAAGAAAUCUAAGUUGUAGGUAGAGAGAGUUUGAUUGUCGUUAGUUAUGUGUUUUUAACAUCUGGGGAAGGGAUCAUCGGGCUUGGAGCAAGUCGGUCGCUUGUCCCUAUUUGUAAUGAUGCUCCUUGAUCGUUGAAAAUCUGUGUACGGUUUGGAAGGAAAAAGAGAGGUUCCUUCAUGAAUAACAAAGCAUAUAUUGGCCCAUUAUUGA